UUCCGCUUUCGGUGCAGUCUCCUGCUAAGCGAAGAUGGCGUCUCCGUUGCGGGAGCCCGAGGAGCUGGGCACGGAGAGCGAGCUGCUGGGCUGCUCCGCCCGGGACGUCGCCCUGAAAUGGCUCCAAGCAACGGAUCUUCCCAAAGAAGUCUACCAGCACCUGGCCUACUAUGUCCCCAAAAUCUACUGCAGACAAGCGGAUCCGGUCACAGAUCACGAGGAGAUGUUGGCACAGCACACACUGCUGGGGGCACUGGAGUGGUAUCUGUGCGGGGAGGAUCCUGCCAUUGGCAUGCAGAAGCUGGAACAAGCAAGCAAACCGUCCCAGCUCUGCGGCCGCGUGUUCAAAGUGGGAGAACCAACAUAUUCCUGCAGAGAUUGUGCAGUGGAUCCAACAUGCGUCUUGUGCAUGGAGUGUUUCCUGGGAAGUGCCCACAGAGAGCACCGAUACAGGAUGACCACAUCAGGAGGAGGAGGCUUCUGUGACUGUGGAGAUGCUGAAGCAUGGAAAGAAGGACCCUACUGCCAGAAGCAUGGCCUUAACAUUUCUGAAAAUGAAACUGAGGAUCCUCUUAUUAACUUGUCAGAUGAUAUGGUGGCACGGGCGUACAACAUUUUUGCUAUCAUGUUUCAAUACACAGUGGACAUACUCACAUGGGAAAAGGAAAAUGAGCUGCCUCCAGGAUUGGAGCAUACGGAGAAAGAAGACAAUUAUUACUGCAUGCUUUUUAAUGAUGAAGUCCAUACCUAUGAGCAGGUUAUCUACACCCUGCAGAAAGCUGUGAAUUGUAGCCAGAAGGAAGCCAUUAGUUUUGCAACAACUGUGGAUCGAGAUGGACGGCGAUCUGUGCUUUAUGGAAGUUUCCAAAGCUGUGAUCAAGCAAAAUCUGUUAUAGUGAGAAACACCAGUCGUCAGACGAAGCCUCUUAAGGUUCAAGUCAUGCAUUCAGCUAUUGUGGCCCACCAGACAUUUGGACUCAGAAUCCUCAGCUGGCUUGGUCAAAUAAUUGGUUACUCAGAUGGAUUAAGACGAAUUCUGUGUCGAGUCGGUUUGCAGGAGGGCCCAAAUGGUGAAAACUCCUCUUUAGUGGACAAACUAAUGCUAUACGAUUCCAUCCUGUGGAAAGGUGCAAGAAUCUGCUACCACCAGCUGUUCAUGAGCAGUUUACUGAUGGACCUCAAAUACAAGAAGCUUUUUGCCAUCCGUUUUGCGAAAAACUAUGAGCGAUUGCAGAGUGAUUAUGUCAAAGAUGACCACGACAGCGAAUUCUCAAUCAUUGACCUUUCGGUACAGAUAAUCACAGUGCCAUCACUUGCUCGGAUGUUGAUCACGGAAGAAAAUCUGAUGACAACAAUAAUAAAGACGUUCAUGGAUCAUUUGCGGCAUCGGGAUAUCCAGGGCAGGUUUCAGUUUGAGCGAUACACAGCCGUGCAGGCGUUCAAGUUUAGGAGAGUUCAGAGCCUGAUUUUGGAUCUAAAAUAUCUACUCAUCAGCAAGCCACCCGAGUGGACUUCUGGCUUACGCACAAAGUUUCUUGAAGGGUUCUUCGUCUUUCUAGAAUUGUUAAAGUGCAUGCAGGGAAUGGAUCCUAUAACUCGACAAGUUGGACAGCAUAUCGAGAUGGAGCCGGAGUGGGAGGCUGCCUUCACCUUGCAGAUGAAACUAACACAUAUCAUAUCCAUGAUGCAAGACUGGUGUUCUACUGAUGAGCAUGUUCUGAUAGAAGCCUACAAGAAGUGCCUGGCCGUACUCACACAUUGUCACAGCGGCUUCACCGAUGGAGAGCAGCCCAUUACUCUCACCUUAGCCGGGCAUUCAGUGGAGACCAUGCGAUACUGUGUGUCACAGGAAAAAGUUAGCAUUCACCUUCCAGUCUCUCGCCUUCUUGCAGGUCUCCAUGCUCUGCUCAGUAAGAGCGAAGUGGCGUACAAGUUCCCCGAGCUGCUUCCAUUUAGUCAAUUGAGUCCACCAAUGCUGAUUGAACACCCACUGCGGUGUUUGGUGCUAUGUGCUCAGGUGCAUGCUGGGAUGUGGAGAAGGAAUGGGUUUUCCUUAGUCAACCAGAUCUACUACUAUCACAAUGUCAAAUGCAGAAGAGAGAUGUUUGACAAGGACAUUGUAAUGCUACAGGCUGGAGCUUCCAUGAUGGACCCCAACCAUUUUUUGAUGAUUGUCCUUAGCCGAUUUGAAAUUUUCCAGAUAUUUGGCACUCCUGAUUAUGGGAAGAGGUUCAGGAAAGACAGCACAAACAAGGAUCUAGUGCAGCAGAAUAACACCCUUAUUGAAGAGAUGUUACAUGUGAUCAUUAUGAUAGUUGGUGAGAGAUUUUGCCCUGGCGUUGGGCAGGUGACAGUUGCUGAUGAGAUAAAACGUGAAAUCGUCCAUCAACUGAGCAUACGGCCCAUGGCUCAUAGUGAGCUGGUGAAGGCGCUGCCAGAAGACGAAAACAAGGAAACUGGAAUGGAGCAAGUGAUUGAGACUAUUGCACUAUUUAAAAAGCCAGGCCUGACGGGAAGAGGAUUAUAUGAGCUAAAGCCGGAGAGCGCUAAGGAUUUCGACCUCUUCUAUUACCAUUACUCAAGAGCAGAACAGUCAAAGGCUGAAGAGGCCCAGCGUAAGCUGAAGCGUCUCAGUGAAGAGGAUACAGCUUUGCCUCCUCCGGUGCCGCCUCCAUUUUGCCCUCUGUUUGCCAGCCUGAUCAACAUUCUCCAGUCAGAUGUCAUGCUUUGCAUCAUGGGCACAAUUCUUCAAUGGGCAGUAGAGCCCAAUGGAUAUUCCUGGUCUGAGGCCAUGCUGCAGAGGGUUCUGCAUCUGAUUGGAAUGGCGUUACAGGAAGAGAUCCAGCAUCUGCAGAACAUCAGCGAGGACAAUGUUCUCACCUUCACAUUCUCGGAGAAGAUCUCAAGACCAGGUGAAGCUCCAAACACGUCGCCCAGUAUCUUGGCUUUGUUGGAGACAUUGCAGAACGCAGCUCACUUGGAGGUUCAUAAGGAUAUGAUACGCUGGAUUUUGAAGGCGUUCGGAACUAUUAAGAAGAUCAGAGAAAGUUCUUCUUCAACUCCAGCGGUGGAGAUCGGGGGCAAUGUGUUGGAAGAGAACACUCGCGAUAAAGACAAAGCAGAGAGGAAACGGAAAGCGGAAAUUGCCCGGCUCCGCAAAGAGAAGAUCAUGGCCCAGAUGUCUGAAAUGCAGAGACACUUCAUUGAUGAAAACAAGGAGCUUUUCCAGCAGUCGAUGGAUGAACUCAGCGUGUCCGCAUCAACAUCUCAUGAUAACAGUGGUCCUGCUUUGCUGGACUCCAAGCUGGUUGCACUCGGCCCCCACCAGACCCGGUUUGGUGAACAGAGUCAGCUGGUCACUUGUAUCCUGUGUCAGGAGGAGCAGGCAUACAAUGUAGAAAACAAAGCUAUGGUCCUGGCUGCCUUCAUCCAACGUUCUACAGUCUUCUCUAAGAACAGAGCAAAGAUUAUUCAAUACCCAGACAACUAUGAUCCGCUCUUCAUGCAUCCAGACUUGGCUUGUGGGACACACACGGGAAGCUGUGGGCACAUCAUGCACGCUCACUGCUGGCAAAGGUAUUUUGAUGCUGUGCAAAUGAAAGAGCAGCGCAGACAGCAGCGUUUACGUGUACACACGAGCUACGAUGUGGAAAAUGGUGAAUUCCUCUGCCCCCUCUGUCAGUGCUUAAGCAACACAGUCAUCCCUAUGCUGCCUCCAGCAAGGAGCUUCUACCACAGGUUAGAUUUUUCAGAUCAACCAGAUUUGUCCGAAUGGGUAAAUGUAACAGGACAGCAAAUCAGAGUACUAAAAGAGCUUAAUGCAGAGAAGAGCAUGGAUGAACCAGACUCUUCCAAGCAAUCAAACGUCCCUGAAGGUUUCCGGCCUGCUUUCCAACCAAAGAACCCAUACUCAGAUAGUAUUAAAGAAAUGCUAACCACGUUUGGAACAGCAACAUACAAGGUCGGCCUCAACGUUCACCCCAAUGAGCAGGACCCUCGUGUCCCCAUCAUGUGCUGGGAAAGCUGUGCGUACACAAUGCAAAUUAUUGAACGCAUAUUAACGGAUGAAGAAAGACCCUUAUUUGGAAAUCUACCAUGUCGACAGGAUGACUGCUUGAAAUCCCUGACAAGGUUUGCGGCAGCACACUGGACUGCGUGUCCUCUGGCAGUGGUGCAGAAACACUUCUCUCGGCUUUUCCAGUCGAUCGUACUUCAAGAGGGCAGCGAAGAGGCCCCCAGCAUACUCGACAUUGACAUGUUCCAUUUAAUGGUCAGCUUGGUGCUCUCGUUUCCAGCAGUACAAUGCCAGGACUUUUCAGGGUACAGCUUGGGUAUUGGGGACCUGCAUCUUUUUCACUUAGUAACCAUGGCACAUAUCAUUCAGAUAGUGUUCACAUGCAGUCCGGAUGAAGAUGGAAUGGAACAGGAAUGCCCAGAUGGAGAAGAGGAACAAAUGGCAUUAGCUCUGUACAGGACAGUCUGCCAGUGUACUGGAAGCACAGCGACGAAGUGGUCCUCCGGUUGGCACCUGUGCAGGGCAAUAAAAACCGCAGUGCUGCCUUUCCUUAGGAGUUCAGCUCUGUUUUUCCAUUACCUAAAUGGUGUGCCAGCACCCACUGAAUUGCCAGGUAUGUUACAGAUUGACCAUCUCUGCAGUUUCCUCUUUCCCAGCAACCUCCUCAGCAUUUUUCAACAAAAUCCCCAAGUGACAGAUGCACUCAUCAAUAGUUGGUGUAAACACAAAGAUGUGACUGUUUUGGAUGCUGAACGGACGGCUAUAAGUUACCCACGAGAAUCCAACAAACUAAUAGAUCUGCCAGAAGAUUACAGCAGUCUGAUCAAUCAGGCCUCAAAUUUUUCAUGUCCGAAAUCGGGAGGCGAUAAGAGCAGAGCCCCCACGCUGUGUCUGGUUUGUGGUGCCAUGCUGUGCUCUCAGAGUUACUGCUGCCAGACUGACCUGGAGGGGGAUGAUGUGGGCGCCUGCACCGCACACACUUACACUUGCGGCUCAGGGAUGGGGAUCUUUCUAAGAGUAAGAGAAUGUCAGGUCCUCUUCUUGGCUGGUAAAACCAAGGGUUGUUUCUAUCCACCUCCCUAUCUGGAUGACUACGGAGAGACUGAUCAAGGGCUCCGACGAGGGAAUCCUCUUCACCUCUGCCGAGAGCGUUUCAAAAAGAUCCAGAAGCUUUGGCAGCAGCACAGUGUCACAGAAGAAAUAGGGCACGCACAGGAAGCAAAUCAGACGCUCGCUGGCAUCGAAUGGCAGCAUUUAUAAUACAGGCACAGUUAUUUUUUUUUUCUGUCUGUCCUUUUUAGUUUUCUUUUUUUUUUCUUUUUUUUUUUUUUUUAGCAGCCCCAUUUUCUUAAAAAAAAAA